AUGGAACAAUGUGUACCAAAUAGGAACCCACUCGAGGUGAACGCUUCGGUAUGCAUGUGUUUCGAGGAAGUCACCAGGGAAAUGUUACGAUUGUUCCGCCAUCUCGAAUACUUGCCCAGAACCCAAGCACACCAACAUCUCCAAGAGGACACAGCCUUGCCUCUGUCAGAGUAUCUCACAUCACUGCAUAGUCCAUCCAAAGGCAACGAAAAUCAAUGUGGUGGGAAUCCGAACAACUACACCAGUUUCUUUGUAACCGAGCCCCCUGCCACAGUGACGGAAACCGAACAAGCUUUCGGGCUGUUGUUAUUAAAGCAUCUCAAAGACAAGGGUGGCCAAUCACAAACGCAGACCAGAGAGAACGUCAUCUUUCUCCGUCGCCGACUCGUCUGCCACGAGAAAACUCGACAGAACGCCUUUCUACACUGUCUCAAUGAAAUUCCGUGCUAUCGAUGUUCCGUUUAA